AUGGGCUGUGUGCACUGCAAAGACAAGGGGUCCGGCAAAGGGCAGGGGGGGGGCGAGGUGGGCCCCCCCCCGCCCCCCGCCUCCCAGUAUGACCCCGACCCCACGCAGCCGGGCACCAUCUUCACCCGCAUCCCUGACUUCAACAACUUCCAUGGCACAGCGGUGCCCUCGACUCCAUCCUUCGCAGGGCCGGGGGUCUUCACCUCCAACACGCUGCAAAUGAGGAGCGGGGGCAUCACAGGCGGGGGGGGGCCGCUCUUCAUCGCCCUGUAUGACUAUGAGGCCAGGACGGAGGAUGACCUGACCUUCCAGAAGGGGGAGAAAUUCCACAUCAUCAACAACACGGAGGGUGACUGGUGGGAGGCCAGGUCACUGGUCUCGGGUGCCACAGGCUACAUCCCCAGCAACUACGUGGCCCCCAUGGAUUCUAUCCAGGCAGAAGAGUGGUACUUCGGGAAGAUCGGGCGCAAGGAUGCGGAGCGGCAGCUCCUGUGCCACGGCAACUGCAGGGGCACCUUCCUCAUCCGGGAGAGCGAGACGACGAAAGGUGCCUACUCCCUCUCCAUCCGGGACUGGGAUGAGGCCAAGGGAGACCACGUGAAGCACUAUAAGAUUCGGAAACUGGACAAUGGGGGCUACUACAUCACCACCCGCGCCCAGUUCGACACCGUCCAGCAGCUGGUCCAGCACUAUAUAGAGCGGGCAGCCGGGCUGUGCUGCCGCCUGGCCGUGCCGUGCCACAAGGGAACGCCCAAGCUGGCCGACCUCUCAGUCAAAACCAAAGACGUGUGGGAGAUCCCCCGCGAAUCCCUCCAGCUCCUCAAGAAGUUGGGCAACGGGCAGUUCGGGGAAGUGUGGAUGGGCACAUGGAACGGCACCACGAAGGUGGCGGUGAAGACACUGAAGCCAGGCACCAUGUCACCCGAAGCCUUCCUGGAGGAGGCUCAGAUCAUGAAGCGGCUGCGGCAUGACAAGCUGGUGCAGCUCUACGCUGUGGUGUCUGAGGAGCCCAUCUACAUUGUCACCGAGUUCAUGAGCCAGGGCAGCUUGCUGGAUUUCCUAAAGGAUGGGGACGGUCGCUACCUGAAGCUGCCCCAGCUGGUGGACAUGGCUGCCCAGAUCGCAGCGGGCAUGGCCUACAUUGAGCGGAUGAACUACAUCCACCGGGACCUCCGUGCUGCCAACAUCCUGGUGGGAGACAACCUGGUGUGCAAGAUUGCUGACUUCGGCCUUGCUCGCCUCAUCGAGGAUGACGAGUACACGGCACGCCAGGGUGCCAAGUUCCCCAUCAAGUGGACGGCCCCGGAGGCUGCACUCUUUGGGAAGUUCACCAUCAAGUCGGACGUCUGGUCCUUUGGCAUCCUCCUGACUGAGCUGGUGACCAAAGGCCGGGUGCCCUACCCAGGGAUGAACAACCGGGAGGUGCUGGAGCAGGUGGAGAGGGGCUACCGCAUGCAGUGCCCGGGCAACUGCCCCCCCUCCCUGCACGAUGUGAUGAUGCAGUGCUGGAAGCGGGAGCCUGAGGAGCGCCCCACCUUCGAGUACCUCCAGUCCUUCCUCGAGGACUACUUCACCGCCACUGAGCCCCAGUACCAGCCGGGGGACAACCAGUGA